AUUGGGGCUGUCGAAGAAACACGUGCGCGAAGAACACAACGAGAGCACCUAAGCCCCGGCUGACACGGGAGGGGUGACUUGUGCGGUGGGCGGAAGCGGGGGCGAGGGUGGCUUGUACAUCGCGACCCCUCAGUAGCGUGCCGGCCAUCGCCGAGGUGGUUCAUCGAGCAUCGGCGCUUCGUUCUCUUUAUGACGCAAAAAUUCGGCUGGGCCGAACGAGGGUUACGUUCUGCCGGCUAAGGGUCGCUCUCGCACGAUCGGCGCGAUGCGAGGCCACGCGUUUCGCGAGCCGGAGCUGCCUCAGGGAGCUGGACGGUGUCGUACGACGACUCAGCGCGGCUAGACAACGUGACGACGUUCUUCGCGACGACGAUCAACAGGUUAAUCCCUAGCUGGCUAGCUGAAGCUAACGUUUCGACCAAUAAUCUCGUUGCGGAUGUCUCGUCGCAUCUGUUUGGCCGCAAUUUCGUCUGCACGUCUGUCUGCACGUCACAUCGUCGUUUAUCAUCACCUCCCCGUCGGUGCAGCGUACAAUCGACGCGACUCCUCCAGUUCUCGCGGUUGACGGGUGAGAGGAGCCGCGGUGUCCGAAGCCGCAGCAACCAGCCACCCGAGAGUCAAGCGCACUCGUACCGCAAUAUCCCACCGCGACCUCGUAGAUCCUCGUCGAGGCGCAAUCGAAGCCAAUCCGGCGGAUCCGCUGAAAUGAGAACGGCCGCAGCUACCGUGGCCGGUUGCAGGGCGAUUUACGGCAGCCUGGAAGCCCCGGACGACCGCUUCUGUGACGCGACAAUGACAAAGCCGCGGGGCAGCCCUCGAUAAACCCGAGCCGGGACACCGACCACGAGAGAUAACGCGAUCCGGUAGGAAGGUAAAUUCAUCAGAGAGGUCCGCCGUCGGAGAUGGCGACCAGCAGUCCCGGACAAUCGAUCCACCUAAAGUCCCCGAGGAGUCCGCGGCAGCUGCCGGCUCUUCCUCGCCUGCAGCAAAUGCCGAUCGCCGAACCGAGGAACCCGACUCGCGGCCAGUCGCUGGUCAAGUCGCCGGGCACUCCGCUGGUGUUCGAAUUCCCGCCGGAGUAUUACCCGGAGACGCCCAAUACGACCUUCGACUUCGACGAGUUCGGGCGCGCCGGCGUGCUCGAGCAGCAGCGCGGACCCAGGAGUCCGAGUUAUUACGCUCGCGCGAGCCCGCGCAGCCCCAAGACGCCCAACAGCGACUUGCUGCACUCGCCCGGCCGCAAGUCGCCGAUCUUCCAGUUCUGCGACCCGCGCAAGAAUCUCAAGCAAACCGCGAGCUACCCGGCGUCGGCGACCUCGGUGACCUCGGCGACCUCGUCGACGAGCGAUCGCAGUAGAUCGGUCAACUCGGCUGUUUAUGGCCGGGGGAGCCCGAAGCCCUUCGACCGGCGCAGGAACUCAUGCUUCGGCUUGGCCAGUCUCAAGAGCCCCAUGUCGCCGACGAUAGUGACGCCGAGCUCGCACGACGCGGUUAGUCCGAAAAUGGAGCGCAGCUUGGAGCUGGAUCCGAAGAAUGUCUACAGGGAGAUCGGCGGUUACAAGAGCAACAAGAGCAACGUUACAAACAACGCCGGCAAGACCUGUUCCCUGGAAGGGAACCCGAGCUCCCCCUGCAGUCUGCAGGAGAAGACGGCCGAGGGGGUUGGCGAUCGUUCGAGGAGCGUGAAGAUGGCUGGGCAUUUCAACAAGAGCCAAGGCUGCCUGGACGAGGCUGGCCGAGGGCAUCGUAGGGCUUCGGAUGAGCGCUCGAGACAUGGAAGGGCUGACAAGAACAUGGCCAGGCGGUCGACCAGCGAUCUGACGGAUAUGGGCGAAGCUGAUACCGAGAUUACUCUGCUGUCCAGCCCCAGAAGAAGAGGUUCUAUGAAGGGUGGCCUUGCUUAUUUAGCGUCGAGACGUGGAUCUUGUGACAGUCAAUGUUCCAACAUGUCCAAUGUCAGCAACGAGAACGUGGGCCCGUUGAAUUUCAGCGCACACCCGCGCGGCCGGCAACGGAGGACCUCGAAUUUCCUUGAGCUACCGGUGCCAGACCACAUAAGACCGCGCGUGCACAGUCUACCGGAAAAAGCGUACAAUCCCAGGGCCAGCGACGACCUGUAUAGACUCAGAGCAUUCAGUAUCACUCACAAGGGAGUCGUGAAUCGGGGUGAUUCCAUUAUUUCCCGGCGUAGCAGGAGCAACACCUCUGUCAACAGCAGCAGAAAUAGCAAUGUAUCGGGCGAGAGAUCGCCGUUCGAAGGCUCGUGCUGCAGCGGACAAGGCGCCAGCACGGAAAGCGACAUCGAGGAGAUUUCGAAAUACAGGGUUGUCUUACUCGGAGAUUCCGGAGUGGGGAAGACGGCUCUGGUCUCGCAGUUUAUGACAAGCGAAUAUAUGAACACGUACGACGCUAGUCUAGACCUUUGCCUUCAUGUUACAGACGACGAGUUCGGCGAGAAGACCGUCUCUAUCUUGUUGGAUGGCGAGGAGUCGGAAAUGGUAUUUAUUGAUCAUCCUCACGUCGAAAUGAGUGUGGAAAACUCCUUGUCGACGUACGAGCCGCACGCCUGCAUCGUGGUUUAUUCGAUUGUUUCGCGUACGAGCUUUCAAAUGGCCGAGGAGAUACUAAACUAUUUGUGGAGAGAACAUUACACUCAGGAACGAUCGGUCAUCGUGGUCGCCAACAAGUCUGACCUCGCCAGAAGCCGGAUAAUUUCGGCAAAUGAGGGCAAACACUUGGCUACGUCGCACGAGUGCAAGUUUAUCGAGACGUCCAGCGGGAUUCAACACAACGUAGAUGAGCUCCUGGUCGGGAUUUUGAAGCAAAUUCGACUGAGGGAGACCCGCGACAAGAAGCUUCGACGCCAGGGCAGCAAGGGUAAGCUGCUGUCGAGACUGCACAACAGCAAGACCGUGCUGAGCCUGAACCUGGCCAGGGAGAUCCUCAAUAAGAUGUGUUUGAACGACAGCAAGAGCAAGAGCUGCGAAAACCUGCAUGUGCUGUAAAAAGGGGAUCGCAACGUGGUGGAAAGCGGCGGCGCGGCAAGGAAUAUACGACGAGAGUCUCGUUUUACGGUUGACGAUCGUUUCUCCCACGAGUCGUCACAAGUCACCAGCUGGUGAUCGAGAUGGGGAAAGGUAAACGACGUCUCGCCACGAGCUGCAUGACAUUUCCAUGUUUCAUCAUCUGGCGCGGUUGUUACGGAGGGCCGAGGUAUAACGUGUGGCCGACACUUUUCCAGCCGCGGCCGUAACGAUUUUACGAGCUCCGUAACUGAUCACGCAUCCAUUCCUCUCGAUAAGGAGCCGUUGUUACUACCUACGUGUUUCAUGUUCGCGACGCGUCCCUCCCAGAUCUUCAUUUUGCCGCUAGCGGGUGUCCGUAACGCGUUAUCCGAUGUAUCUUCAUCGCGCAACGGAGCGAUAAUUCGCGUGCGGAGAUUCGAAGCGCUCGCUCAUCUGAAAGUUCAAGAGUUGAAAUUUUCAUUCUGCUUUUGACCUCAAUAUUCCGUCUAACGCUAAUUUAAUACUCUGGAGUCAAUAUCAACGUAUUCUGAUGGCAUUUAAUCUACAAUCUUGCCGAGAGGCUCGCGUAAGAAUGACAAAAUGUGUGUUUCUUGCCAUUCGGAGGCGUUGCGUAAGACUUUUUUUGUUCUUAUAUAAAUAAAAUUUCCAGUGGUUCUCCAGAAUCUGUAAACGUUAGACAGUUGAGCCAACCGAAAAUCGAGCCAACAUUUCGACUCGGGCUUUCUUUCCGGCUUCACUAACCGAGUAUCGUUAAAUCGUGCGAUAAGAGACACGAGAGAGCAAAAUAUAUUUCUUCCUCAUUCUUUAUACGUUAUGCGAAGAAGAUCGAACGCGACGAUUGCGAGGCAAACUGUAUAGCUGUUGACUCAAGAGCAUCAUAUUUUCUAGCAGGAAAAUUCCGUUCGAUUAUCGAUAGCUUGCUUGUAAGAGAAGAAAUAGUUCUCUCGCUGUAACGAAGACAUGAUCGUGUGAUUAUAUUAUCAUUUUUACUGUUGUGGGCGCACCAAAUGGUCGGCGAUGCUACGGUGAAUUUUCUUUCUCUAAUGUUACUUCCUACGGUGGACAAAGCCGCAGGCCAAGCCGCGCAGACAAAGGCAGGCAAAGUCCCGCAGGCGGAUUUAGCAAAUUAUAAGUUAAAGUCUCUAAGCCUCUUCCCGUGUAAAACGCGUCCGAUAAGCGUAUCCCCUGAAAGUGCUCCACGAUGAGAAGAAGGCUACAGGUGAAUGCGCUUGAUUAAAGAAUGAAAACAGUUUCGCACCAACAGGCGCUUUCGCCCUUUGCUGUCGCCCGCGUUUCUACGUCGUCUUCUCUCCUCGUACGUGGGGCCACAUAGAGUUCGAGAAACGCAGGUAAAAAUAAGUCACGAGCUGGAUGGCUGACAUACGCCGUCGUGAUCAUGCGGUUAAGACCUAUGCACGUUUAAGACACGUGCGCGCGUGUGCGUAUAUCCGAGCACGUGCGUCUGCGAACUUGAAAUUAGAACUUAAGAUUAACGAUCGUCACACACAGGUGAGUCGUCUGUUUGGGCGCGAGACGAGUGACGGCGCAGAUAAAUCUCGUGCGUCGUCUCUGUCUGCAAUGCAGCGAUUUGAUUAUUUAUUAAAGCCUAAUGAGUAGCACGUGCGCCGAGUCCCACGCGUUACUCCACGGUUCUUCGAUAAUUGCGUUUUGCGAAUAAAGCCGGCUUCGGGCGGGCGCGAUCGGUUGGCCGAAUAUUCGCCCAAGCCGGGACAAAUUUCACUCGCAUAACCGGCGAGAUUAAAAGACAAAUGCCGACGCUCGGUGCAGUAUUUAUUCGCUCUGUGGAAAACAACUAAUCGAUAAUGUUAAUUAGUGAAUGAAGCUUCGAUCGAUUAAUCAUCCGAGCGGUCAUUCGAGUAACGCGAUACCACGAAAACAUCAGCAAUCCCGUUAUGUCGAGAUGCUUUGUUACGCGUGAAAUUAUUGCAGCAUGUUUGCGUUACAUUAAUUACAGGCAACACUAUGCACACCGUAUUUGAGUAAUCAUCGUAAAGGUUCGCCAGAUCGAGUACAACACGCAUCGAAAUUUCCGCCAUUCGGCGGAUAUUCGGUAAAUGUGAACGCACCGACGUGGUUCCGGCGUAAUGCGUGCAAUUGAUCAAUGACGAUCGAGUAGGUAUCGCGGAUGUUCCUUACGUAAUAUCGUGUCAUCGUUCGUUGAAUAUCUUGGAUCGCGAUAAUAAACAAGGUGAGGUGUGAAAGAAUAGAGUUUUUCGCUUUUAAACAUGAGCGAUACUUCUUCGAAGACUAUUUAGCCGAUCACAAGGUACAUCGAAAUUCUUGAGUAUUUAAUUGUCGAAUAUUCUUGGUUAUUUACUGUUGUUUGCACACGAAUGUCUCGGAAUAGUCGACGUAAAUUGGCACUGAGAAUUACGAUUAGGGCGCGGAAAUUGCCAUCGACGGUGGACGUGGAAAAAUCCACCGUGAAACCUUACGAACUUCUGCGCCCUGAUCACGAUGUGACGUCUGACCGAGUGUGGCCGUGAUAUCGGCGUUUUAUGACGAUAAAAAUAGACCCGACGAAAAUUAAUUCUAUAUGACUUUUGUCUCCAUAUGGCAGUAUAAUUAUAUAAAAUUAUAUACGUCUACAAGAAAAAGGAAUCUGUCGUUCACAUACAAUUAAAGUAACUUUAUGUUUA